AGUGUUAUAUAUCUGAAUUUGGCACUAGAUGUGUCAUGAGUGAAGCUCAUCAGAUCCUGAGAAGAGAACUCAAAGAAAUUUGGAAAGGGUUACCUAUCAAUUAUAAGACAUGUUCAAAAGUAUUAAAGCGUGAUUCUGUGUUCUGCGAUUACUUCAAUGCCUUCCUCUCACUUCCAGCAUUUGCUCGACCUCUGUACUAUGACAGAAAAACAGAGAGUCUCCUGGAAGUGUAUAGAGAUUGUAAGGUUCCCGUAGUCGGUAUCACUAUACAAGCUCCCGUUCCUGUUGGAGAGGUUCAGGAGCUCCUCUUGGUCUGGCUACUCAAGUACAGACUACCACUAUUCCUCAGGACGACUCUAUAUGUUGAAUAUCAGCUAUGUAAGCAGUUGUUACGAGUGAGCGGGGCAGUUCCAGACCGACCGGAUAGUGACGAGGAACUGACAGAGAGUGAGACGGAGGAGGGUAGUGAGUCCGAGAUAGUUAUCAAGGAGAGACAUGUGCUAGAUAUAGCUGGACUAGACCGCAGUUCACAGAUGAGUACUGCGGAGGGGCUCUCAACUCCUCUAAUAGAGGUCCCUCAGUCUCCCGCUCCUAGUAGCACUGUACACACACCAAUAUUGGAGGACAGUGAUCACAUCACUCACACUCCGCACUCAAUCGACCAAGACAGGGAUCUGAUAGCGAUGUCCAGCACCACGAUACAGUUGGAGGGAGGCGACUCAUCUGAGUACGACAGAACAGUGGGAUCCUGCACUGCAGUGGACACAGUGACAGAGUCUAUACAAGGAUCAGGAGUGUUCACAGACUCCGUCAGGUUACCUGAUAUAAACACUGGUCCUGUGACGGGUCAGAACUACACUCCUAUGGAGGGAGCUCAUCCUCCUCGUGCUGAGGGACAGACAGACGGUGCUCUCACGGCAGACAUACCAGGAGGUGACACGACCAUGUUCUCCUCCUCCCCUGGUGGUGUCAGCGCUCCUCCUCCCCCCACUAUCCUACCUGAUAUCUUCUCCUCCUCUAUUACCGACAUGUUACCUGAUUCUCAGAGCGACAUUGCUAGUCCUCACGUCUGGCAGCGGCUUUACAACCGCCGCAAUAAAGUGAGAGACCACCCCUCCAGCACUCCUUCCCCCACUCCAGACGACACUUUUAACGAGGAUUUUCCUGACAUCUCAAUCUCAAAACAGGACAGGAAGGUGUUGUUGGGUUCUGUGGGUGGUAUGGACGGGUUCAGAGAGUUUCUGAGCAGGACAGCCGGCGAGCAUCUCCUAAAUCUGUGGCUGGAUAUCACUCAGAUGGAGGCUGCGUUUGAGAAGAUGGAAGAGAAAGAGCUGAAAGUUGAUAUGAUACGAGAUCUGCAAGACAAGUACCGAACCAGACUCUCCUCUUCUGCCAAGGAGAGGCUGUUCAAAAGAGAGUUCACAUCGCUAAACAAGCUGAAAUGUCAAGUUCUAAGAAAGUUGCAAUUCUAUUGGCUUCCCAGAUACUUCCAAAUGAAGUUACAAAACUGCAGGGAAAACGGUAAGCUAAAGUUGGAUUUAGAUGAAGAGCAGUUGAAGUUACCUUUCCUGCCUACAGUACUGGUAUCCAGAUCUUAUCCUCUGCAACUCAGCAAUCUCACUACCGUGAUAAACGACACAGUGAACUGGGUUGAGAUGUUUAAGGAACACGACCAAAGAAUUAUCAGUGGGAAACUUAGGAACGUGUCCGCUUCUAUUGUCAGCUCAAAGAAAGAUCACUUUAUAUUUGGAAUACGGAGUGAUAAAAAUGCUGGAGGACCCUUCAAAGGCUGGCUGGCUAGGCACGGUAACACAGAGAUGAUAAACAUACUGUCGUUCUGUGAGGAGGUAACUCAGUACAGAGUGAUGGAGGAGCGCAAGGCUGACAGGGGUAUCCUGAAGAGGGCUGGCUGGAGGAUAUGGCACAACUUCAUGGCACCUGGUGCCCCACAUUCAGUAGGGUUAGGACCAGCAGUAACUACAGAUAUCAGGAUAGCACUCCUCACCACUAAAGACUAUGUUUCUUACAGUGUAUUUGAUAUUGCUAAAGGAAACGUAACCUUGUUCCUAAAGCGAGCUUGGAAGGAGUAUAUCCAGGAGGACUACGAGGUUUACUUGGAGUCCAGACCUGACAUCAUGGAACAGAUAAAACAACUGACGGAAACUAGGAUACGCCAGAUGCAGGGCCAGAGGACUAACCAACACAGGCGAAGGUACAGAACUCACAAGCACAAGAAAGGAGGGAAAAAGAAGAAGAUCCACACAGUGUUUGACAGUGAGAGUGAGGAGGAGCUGGAGGAGGAGGACUAUACCAACAUGCAAAUACCUGUUCUUGAAGACGCGCUAACUAACAGACCGGCGAUGGAUAAGUUCAGUAGCUGGGCUGAUAGAAGCUUGAACGGGGAGAAGUUGCUAAUGUAUACUCUGUGGAAAGAUCUCAAGUCUUACUUCGAGAUCAACAAACAGAGUAACAAGCACCUGAGAAGUUUGCAAGCUGAGCAUAUCCACAGGACUCAUUUCCUGAUGAAAGACAAAAAGCCCUACAAUUUCCCUCAAGACCUUUCCUCGAGGAUGAGUCGAGAGCAGACUGCUCGGCCCACAUCUCCUCUUCUAACCAAGACGAUGAGUUUCUGUGGGGGAACCGUCGAGAAAGUCUUUGAAGAGUUUGUCCAGACGUUGCCGCUGGCUCAAGCAGCUCUGAGAAGAAGGAACACCUCAGAUGAUAUGAACUCAAGUAUCAGUCAGCAAUCAUUUGCUAUUGGUGGUGGUGGUAGACGACGAGGACGUGGAACUAAGAGCAAAAAGGUACCGGGACGAGCGACCCCCACUAAAGAGCUCUACCACCGUCUCCUGAACCUACUGAUGAGUGUGACAGGGACGUGGCCAGAAGAGCUGCUCUUAUUUGAGAAGUACCUGGCUGAACAUGGGCCUGAUGAUGGUUAUCCGCUCAUUGUUAACGACCUUCAUUUCUGGGUCGAGGUGCAGAGAUACAAGGACAUGCACCACACAGAUACGGACCACGACUUCAUCUUCAGGAAGUUGGAAGCUAUUAUCGACUGUUACUUGGACCCUCAGAUUCCUACAGAGCCUCCACCGGAGAAGCCAGUGAACCUGUCCCCUACAGCGUCCCCCACCCCCUCAAUGGUAUCUAAAGGACAGUCCAGUAACCCUGAAAGUCCUGUACAGAGUAAGAUAGACAUCACCAGCACCACUGAGAAACAAAAGAAACUGCCUUGGGCCCAGCGCAAACAGGUAGAUCUAACGGUGGAUAUCGGACAGAAGAUCUCCCACCGUCUCUCCACUCCAGGUGGUCACAUGGAUAAGGAUAUGAGUCACUACGAUGAGGCUCAGAAGAUGGUGCUUAAGGAACUUGUUCCUUUCUAUGCCGGGUUUGCCAAUCAACAAGAUAACAAAUCUUCAAGGCUGAGCCAGUGUAAAGUGUGCACCAAACCCAUACAGCCCCUCCAGCCGCCUGUCCUCAAACAAGUCCAGUGCCACACAGUCAAUAGAAAGUGGGUUGGGUCACCUAGCAGCGAUACAGUGCUAGUGUUCCCUCUUCCAACAGCAGCAUCCGCUAACAAAACCAAACACCUCCUCUCACACAAGGAACACUUCACCUUCACUUUGGAGCAUGGCGUCACUUGGACUAAGCACGUGGACGAUGACAUGAUAUCAGCGGCUAACAGUGAAGACGGAAUGCCAGCAGGCAGAUCUGACCCCUCCAAGGUACGGGCUCGUUAACUCCGUUCCCAUGGUAACGGUACUCGAUCACGUGACUACUCACUACGGUCAGGAACGUAGCCAGGGAGUCAUUCUAGGGAUUCUUUAGUCCCCCUCUUGAAAAGUCAAACAUAGAAUUUUCGAACUUUGAAUUUCCUUUUGACUAGAUUUUAUCAAUAAUAGCAUAUCUUACAAAAAUUCUCUCGAAGCUCAGAACGCAUUUUUCCAGAUCAAUCCCUUGCACUUAUCAGUUUCUAAGGCACUUCACCCUGCUGGCAUUUGAAAACUUGGAGCUAUUUUCUCAUAUUCUCAUGAUUCUUAUAUAAUAAUAUUAGCACUAACACCAGCUUAAUAUAUAGUAUAUAAUUUCUUUUUUAAGAACUAAUUUAUGCAACAGAUAUUCUGAGCUAUAAAUUGUCGUACGUAUGUAUAUUUUUCAACGCCCCUUGACCUGAAAUGGCCAGUGUGAUUUCAAUUCACAUAUUUAUUUCAUUCCCGAAGAAAAUUUUCUGAUAAAUUUUCCGCUCGCAAUUGAAUCCCCCUGUGAUAAAUUCUAGCUACGGUCCUGAUUACGAUAACACGUGAUUUAGUUACCUGUUUGUCGAUCACGUACAGACAUUUGAGAACAUUCUAUCGGCGUUUUGUCAACGGUUCCAUGCUAAAUGAGUAUAUUGUUGAAAGUCAGAAUACUCGAUUCAAGCUUUUGAAAGCUCUGAAAAAUGUGUUGACAGUUAAAAGUAUUUAAAAUAAGAGUUGUUUAAAAAUAUUAAAAUUAGAAUUGCCAAAAGCUAAACGUCCAAUUCAAACUUUAUAGAUUUCUAUUUUCUUUUAAAGUCGAGCGGUUUGAAUUUUUAAAAGCUCGUUGCUCAGUUAUUUAAUUUGUACAUAGAUAUUGUGUGUGAUUUUUAAUGAAUAUGUGAAUAGCGUGUAAGAAAUUCUUAUCAGAUUGUUUAGAAUGUAGUUUAACUUAUUUCUGAUAAGGCGAACACUUAAACCGAUUUUUAUCCA